UUGGAGUACAUGGAACAGCAUUAUAUGAAGUAUGAUAAAACGCAUUUACCUCAUCCACACUCCAGAUGACACAAGUUGCGUUUAAAAGUCCCAGAUUGAUUUGAAUCAGAUAGUAAGAGAGUGAAAACAUGGGAGCGCCAUCGUUUCACUUGAUUGCCGUCUUUGUGGCUGUCCACAUGAUCCACUGCCAGAGAGUUUGCAACAGACAAGCUUCACUUGAAUGGCACCUUAAACAACACACAAUCCAAAUAAACUGGACUCUCGUGGGAAACAUCUGUAGCAGCGUUUCUGAGUGUUGGGAUUCUCACGGGGGAGAGGAGUCAAUUGAGCACCCUUUCAACUUCCCACAGAUAUGCCCACUUCAGCUGCAACAUGGAGACAAACUGUUGAUGUCUGCUGAUGAAACACUGAAGUCAUAUGGCAUUAGACUCCUCAAUGUGUCAAAAGACAGCUUUGAAAGCUGUUCCACAAAUAGACAGAUGAGAGAUCAGUUUCUUUUCCCCCACAAUAUAGAUGAAAGCGAGCAAGUUGAGGCCAAGUGGCUCGUCCCGGGUCACCAUUACUUCAUCGCUCUGCAUGAGGGAGACAUGCAGCUGUGUAAGCUGGGGUUAAGGCUCAAUGUGUCUGUUAAAGCGCAACUUUGUCAGGCUUCUCCUCUGCUUCGACUGUGCUCAGGGAACGGUAUUUGUCAAACAGGCCUCUGGGAAGGUGCAUACCACUGUCGAUGCCACCACAACUACUCUGGGAGGUUCUGUGAAAAGUCUGAUGCUUGUUUGGAUAACCCUUGUGAAAACAAAGGAGUCUGUUUGAGCAAUGGAUCCACAGAUCCAAACCACAGAACAUAUAAAUGUCUCUGUCCUCCACAUUUUACAGGUGUUAACUGCUCUGACAUUGUUGGGAAGGAAAACUGUGCCAGAAUUUGUGAAAAUGGGGCAUGUGUUCCAGCGUUGCCUAUCUCCUUCAAAUGCAUCUGUGACACAGGAUUCUCUGGCCCACCUUGUGACAAGAGGAAAGCACCGUGUGAUCCAAACCCAUGCAGAAAUGGUGGCGUAUGUGAGGAGCGCCACAAUGGAUUUGUUUGUCAUUGCCCAGAGAGAUUCGGUGGCCUCUACUGCGACUCCCGACUUGACUUCGAUUGCAUGUUAUAUGCAUGUCAGGAGGAACAAAUUUGCACUGCAGGGGAGCGUGCUUCUGAAUGUGUCUGUGCAGAUGGUAAUGUGGUCCCAGCAUGCAGGAGGCAGCAAAACCUGUGCAGCCCAUCACCAUGUCUCAACAAUGCCACCUGCGUGUCCAAGGGAAAUGAUUACGUCUGCAGAUGUCUGAGAGGGUUUUCCGGGAAGAAUUGUGAAGAAAUAAUUGACUACUGCAGGCUGCUCAAUAUCAACUGCCUAAAUGAGGGAUUGUGCUUGAAGAUAAUUGGCGGAUAUCAGUGUGUUUGUGCCCCAGGAUGGAUUGGAGAGUUUUGUCAAUAUGUAGGUGAUGCCUGCCUGAUAAAACCAAACAGCUGUUUGAAUGGAGCCACAUGCAUUACAACAAGUCAGCCAUCAUCCCCCCCACAGUACACCUGCAAAUGCCCCCUCGGCUUCACAGGAGCAAACUGUGAGACCGAGAUCAACGAGUGUGACUCCAACCCCUGUCAGCACAAUGGCACAUGCUCUGACUUGCUAGGACACCAUGAAUGCCAAUGUCCUACAGGUUUCCUGGGACAGAAUUGUGAAGUUGACAUAGAUGCUUGUGCUCUGCAGAACAACGCAUGUCCACCAAAGACUCUAUGUUUGGAUCUCCCAGAUGGCUUUGAAUAUACCUGUCGUAUACCCUGCCCUCAAAAUCUUCAACCGUGUGCCAAUGGAGGACGCUGUGUGCUGAAUACUGCUAGUAGCUACACCUGUAUCUGUACACCUGGUUGGUCUGGUCAGGACUGCCGUAUAAAUGUCAAUGAUUGUGUUCAACAUUGGUGUCAAAAUGGAGCCACUUGUGUGGAUGAGAUUGAUGGUUACAGCUGCCUUUGUCCCAGAGGAUACACAGGCAUCUACUGUGAAGAGGACAUUGAUUACUGUGUCGGCCGUCGCUGCUCUGAACACGGUGUUUGCCUGGACCAGCAGUAUAACUUUACCUGCCGCUGCAUGCUUGGAUUUGAAGGGUCGCUCUGUGAACUGGAAACAAAUGAGUGCAACAGCUUCCCCUGUGCAAGCGGUGCCACCUGUGUGGACCUAAUCAGUGAUUAUCGGUGCCACUGUCCCCCAGGGUUUGAGGGAAGGACCUGCUCUGAGAAUGUAAAUGAUUGCUUGUUGCAGCCUUGUCUAAAUGGAGGCUCGUGUAUGGAUCUGAUAAAUGACUACAUUUGUCAUUGUCCUCUUGGGUUCAAGGGGAAGGAUUGCUCUGUGGACAUUGACCUUUGCUCAUUUGGAAUGUGCAGUGAACAUACAUUAAUAUGCGCUGAGACCAAGGAUGGGCAGAAUGUCUCUUGCACAUGUAAAAGAGGGUUUGGAGGGUCAUUCUGUGAAGUAAAUCUCAAUGAGUGCGAGUCAAAGCCAUGCCAAAACGGUGGUAUUUGUGUGGACGGCAUUGACCUGUAUGAGUGCUUCUGCUCAGAGGGGUUUGGGGGUUUGAACUGUGAAAUCAACUAUGAUGAAUGUGUCCAUGGAUACUGCGCCAAUAAUUCCACAUGUAUUGACCUGAUUGCAGACUAUGAGUGCAUCUGUCCUCCGGGCUUUGCUGGUAAGAAUUGCUCCACAUCUGUCUCUGAAUGUGCAUCAGAUGUUGAGUUCUGCAAAAAUGGAGGAAUCUGCUCCCGCAACUUAGCUGGGGAGAUACACUGUAUUUGCCCUCCAGGAUACCACGGCAAUGACUGCUCCUCAUCUGUGAACCAAUGUGUGUCAAAUCCUUGCGACCCUAAGGGGAAUCUCCUCUGUGAAGAGCUGGAAAAUACUUAUAGAUGUGUGUGUCAACAUGGGUACACGGGGCCGCUCUGCAAAACACCUAUAAACCACUGUGUUGAUGGCUUGUGUCGACAUGGUUCAGUGUGUGUGGAUCUAUCAAGAGGGUUCAAGUGUGAUUGUUUACCAGGUUUAACAGGCGAGUUUUGUGAGAUAAACAUUGAUGAUUGUGAAGAAAAGCCGUGCGGAGUCCUGAGUAUUUGUAAAGAUGCUCUCAGUGGCUACAGUUGCUUCUGUGCACCUGGAUUUAUUGGAAAUAACUGCGAGAUUGAAGUGAAUGAAUGUCUCAGUCAGCCUUGUCAAAAUGGAGGCUCCUGCAUUGAUGAGCUCAACUCAUUCAGCUGCCAGUGUCCUCUUGGAAUCACAGGAAACUACUGUGAAGUCAACAUAGAUGAGUGCAUAUCCUCACCCUGCCUGCACAAUGCCACGUGUGUUGACCUUGUUCAUGGCUAUGGAUGUGUCUGUAUGCCUGGCUUCACAGGUACAAAGUGUGAACUUGACAUUGACGAGUGUGCUUCAUCUCCCUGCAAGAAUGGAGCCACUUGCAUUGACCAGCCUGGUAAUUACUUCUGCCAAUGUGUGGCUCCAUUUAAAGGUCAUAAUUGUGAGUUCUUACCCUGUGAGGCCAGUAAUCCGUGCGAGAAUGGCGCAGUGUGUGUGGAGGAGUUGGAUCAGGACCAUUUCCCUUUGGGUUUCCGCUGUCACUGUCACCAGGGCUUCGCUGGCCCCCGCUGUGAAAUCAAUGUGGAUGAGUGCAGCUCCAGCCCCUGUUUUCACGGCUUCUGCUAUGAUGUUGUAGACGGCUUUUACUGCCUUUGCAAUCCUGGUUAUGCUGGGCUGAGAUGUGAGCAAGACAUUGAUGACUGUGUGAACAGUUUGUGCAGUACCAACUCAAUAUGUAAGGACCUCCAUCUGAGUUAUGAGUGUGUGUGUCACUCUGGCUGGGAGGGGGAGUUCUGCCAACAAGAAAUUGAUGAAUGUUUAUCGCAGCCCUGCAAAAACAACGCCACCUGCACAGACCUUCUCAACAGCUACAAGUGUUUGUGCUCAUCAGGCUGGACAGGUGUGGAUUGUGCAGAGGAUGUGAACGAGUGUGAUUCUGGGCCCUGUUUAAAUGGAGCUCAGUGUCAGGAGUCAGACGUACCUGGGGAGUUCUCCUGCACCUGUCCCCCCUUCUUCAGUGGCCCCUUGUGCAACCAGCCUUAUGACCCCUGUGAUCCCCUCCACAAUCCCUGCCUGAACAACUCCACCUGCCUGACACGCUCCAAUGGAACAGCCUCCUGCAGAUGCCCAGCUGGAUUUGAAGGAAGUUGGUGUGAAAUUGACACCAAUGAGUGUAGCUCAAAUCCAUGCCAAAACCAGGGCGACUGUGUGGACCGGGUCAACAGUUACAGCUGUGAUUGUAAGAUGGGAUUUUCUGGCCUUCACUGUGAGGAAGACAUCAAUGAGUGCACCUCUAGCCCUUGCCACAACACUGGUGUUUGUCAGGACCUCGUGAACAAGUUCCACUGCAUUUGCCCUCCUGGUUACUAUGGAACGCUGUGUGACCUGGAUGUGAAUGAGUGUGAAGUUUCACCUUGCCUACAUGAGGGCAUCUGUAUCAACACGCCCGGGGGCUUCAAGUGUGUCUGUCGCCCUGGAUACUCAGGGGCACGGUGUGACGUUAACAUCGAUGAAUGUGUUUCAAACCCAUGCCAAAAUAGUGGGAGAUGUAUUGACGCACCUAAUCGAUACGACUGCUUGUGUCCUGAUGGCUUCACUGGGCUCCACUGUGAGACCAACAUUGAUGAAUGCAUGUCAGCGCCUUGUCUUCAUGGGAGCUGCAUGGAUGGAAUAUAUUCACACUCCUGUCUUUGUGAAUCUGGAUGGACCGGCAGCAGAUGUGAAACCAACAUUGACGAUUGUGCUUCCAGUCCCUGUUUGAAUGGAGGCUCAUGUGUGGAUCUCAUUGAUAAAUACGCAUGCUUCUGUCAGGAUGGUUACACUGGGAAAACUUGUGAGAAUGAUAUAGACGUCUGCAAAGAUGCCACUUAUAAUGUCUCACUGUGUUUCAAUGGAGCCACCUGCAUUGAUGGUGAGGGAUCAAACUUUACAUGCAGCUGUCCACCAGGUUUCAUGGGGGAUUUCUGUGAAGUGGAUGUUAACGAAUGUUGCUCAGCGCCCUGCCACAACGGUGCCAUUUGCCAAGAUCUUAUUAAUAGCUACGUCUGCCACUGCAGGUCAGGUUGGACAGGCCUUCACUGUGAGGAUGACAUUAAUGAGUGCCUUCCACAGCCCUGCAACCAGGGGAUAUGCAUUCAGAAUGAUCCAGGCUAUGGCUACACCUGUUUCUGUCGUCCUGGAUUUGUGGGGAGGAACUGUGAGCAUAACUAUGAUGACUGCCUGUUGAAUCCAUGUCCAGAAGCAUUUUCCUGUGUAGAUGGCAUCAACAAGGUCAGCUGCCUGCCUCCUGUUACGGAUGCUGUUCCCUUGGCGACCGUAGUCAAGAACAUCACUCGCGGCUCCACACCCAGAGUGCCGACGCCAACACUCAGCCCGGCACCAACAGCUGUGCAAUCCACAGAUUCAAGCUACGUUCAGUACUUUGGGAAUUCAUACCUGGAGUUUGAGGGUUUUGACCUCAGCACACUCAACAACAUUACUGUGAGAUUUCAAACUCGGGCAGCCCAGGGAACUAUACUUUAUGUGGACCAAGGACCUGCUAACAGUGAUUUCUUCUUCAUGAAACUCUUCAUCCUGGAUGGACUCUUGCAGUAUGCCUUUUCCUGCAACGAAGAGGAAGAGGUUACACAGAUCAGUACAUUAAUUCAUGUUAAUGAUGGCAAGGUUCACAUUGUUAAUAUCAGACAACAUCUGACCCCCUGUGAAGCAGAGCUAACGCUUUCUGGUCAUAAGAAAAUCAAAAGUACAGCAAGUAAUUACUGGUUGGGACACAUGAUGCAAAGAAUAAACCACGUCUUUACAGGUGGUCUGCCAGAACAAUAUAUACCCAAUCAGAGAGCGAAACCUUUCCACAACUAUACUGGCUGCAUUGAAGUAAUUGAAAUGAAUAAACGGAAGAGCUUUUACACAUCUGAUGCCAUUGCCGGCAGCAACAUAGACCGAUGCAGAUAUACCUUGUACGCCAUAGAAGCCUUCACAACAAGUUCCUCAAGUUUGACAACUCAAUCAACCACCUUUGACACAGUGAGCACAACAACAAUGGCAGCUCCCACACAAACACCAAAACAUCCUCUGCGUGAACCUCACGUUUGCCGUGACGGUUUCUGCCACAACGGAGGAACAUGUCAUCCGCUGCAGCUGCCUGGUGGAGCUCUGCCUUCCUGUCACUGCCCGCUUCAUUUUACUGGAACUUUUUGUGAGAAAGAUACCACAGUAUAUAUCCCCUCAUUUGAUGGAACAUCUUAUUUGGAGCUGCAGCCUCUUUCAUCCCUUCUCCAGCCUUCUGGUGCCAGUAAUAAUCUACCUGCUACUGUCAAGGACACCACCGUUAUUCUCUAUUUGACAGUGAAAACGAGAUCUACACAGGGCACCAUCCUCUACACCCAGGAGCAAAACUUUGGGGAUCAGUUCCUUCAUGUGUUCCUUCAAGAUGGAAGCCCUGUUGCUAAACUUGGGUGUGGGGGCAGUCAUGUUUUGAAUGCAGCCGCAGGCCAGAACAUCAAUAAUAACAGAUGGAUUCCAAUCACAAUCCGAUACAAUCUGCCUGUUGGCAAACAAGGAGGGUUAUGUAUGAUUGAAAUAGCUGCAGAUAAUGGCACAGUUCACCGUCUCGAGGAGUACGUGUCACACCCUGUGACACAGGGAACCUUUGGACCCAUAUUUCUUGGGGAUGUUUCAUCCCACUGGGAGAUACAUGACGGGAGAGCAAAGGGAGCGAGGAGAUUCAUUGGAUGUAUCAGGGAACUACAGGUCAACUCAAAGGAGAUUUACCUGGUGGGUGAGGCGGUGAGAGGGAGAAACAUCAAGAACUGUGACCCGCCUGUCUGCCAACACCUUCCCUGUCGGAACGGAGGAACUUGUGUCAGCGAUGCUGAGGACUGGUUCUGUGAGUGCCCCCCGCUCUACACAGGCCGGCUGUGCCAGUUCAACGCUUGUGAGCGCAACCCCUGCGGUCAUGGAGCCACAUGCAUCCCAAAGUCGCCUUUGGAGGCCGUAUGUCUCUGCCCUUAUGGAAGACAAGGUCUACUAUGUGACGAACCCAUCAAUAUAACUCGUGCCAGAUUCAGUGGAAGUGAUGAGUUUGGUUACACCUCCUUUAUGGCUUAUUCCUCCAUCCCGAGCAUCAGUUUCUUCUACGAGUUCAAGUUGAAGUUCACACUCGCCAAUAAUUCAUCUGCUGUGAAAGACAACCUGAUGCUGUUUGCUGGGCAUAAAGGACAAGGCAACGAUGGUGAUGACUUCUUCGUUUUGGGAUUGCGAAAUGGCAGAGUUGUGCACAAAUUCAACCUUGGAUCAGGCAUAGCAACCAUAGUCAGUGAUCGACUGAACCACCAGAUCAAUAUUCACACUGUUACAUUUGGAAGGUCCAAGAAAACAGGAUGGCUGAAGGUUGAUGGACAACGUAACAGAACAGGAUCAUCUCCAGGACCCCUGUCGGGCCUCAAUGUUUUCAACCAGCUCUUUGUGGGUGGAUAUAAUGAGUACACCCCUGAACUACUGCCACUUGGCUCCAGGUUCCGUCAUGGCUUUCAGGGGUGCAUUUUUGAUGUGCAAUUUUGCACAAGAAGAGACAGAAAGUUCCAAGUGCUGGGACAGCCUGCGGGACAUCCAGCCUUCGGGCGCAGCGUGGGUCAGUGUGGAGUCACCCCCUGUGUUCAUGUUCACUGCAGAAAUGGAGGAACAUGUGUGGACUCUGGGUCAUCUGUGUAUUGCCAGUGCCCAUUAGGAUGGAAGGGAGCACUCUGUUCUGAGACCGUGUCUGUGUGUGAUGUCGAGCACAGUCCCCCUCCUCUGUGUGCCCACGGCUCCACCUGCAUCCCUCUCCCGAAUGGAUAUACCUGCCAGUGCCCCCUGGGGACCACAGGACUCUACUGCGAGAAAGCUGUGACCAUCAGUGAUCCAUUCUUCAGCGGUAACCAGUCUUCAUGGAUGUCAUUCCCACCCAUGAGUAUUAGACAUAGGACUGUUUUGCAGCUGCAGUUCCAGCCUUUAUCACCUGAUGGCAUCCUUGUCUACACUGCACAACAUCUCAGUGCCAGAGCUGGAGACUUCUUCUGCCUCUCCUUGACAUCCGGGUUUGUCCGGCUGACAUUUAACCUUGGGGAUGGCACCCACAUCCUACGGUCGGUUAAGCGAGUGGACACGCGAGGCAGGACCUGGCACACGGUGAAGGCUGGCCGAUUUGGUCACCAAGGCUUCCUCAGUCUGGAUGAUGAGGAGGUUAGAGAGAAUGGCACUGAAGGGAUGACCACCCUCGAUGUUACUACAGACAUCUUUGUCGGGGGCGUGUCCACUCUGAGCUACGUGUCCACGGAGGCAACUGAAGGGGAGCCAAUGGGCUUCACUGGUGGUUUGAGAGAACUUACAGUCAACGGUCAAGAGUUGGAGUUAACAGAGACUGGGGCAAUAAGUGGAGCAAAUGUUGGGGAUUGGGAUGGGACUGCCUGCGGGUACAAGGUGUGCCAAAACGGAGGCCGCUGCCUGGCAACAGGACGGGACUCAUUCACAUGUAUAUGUCAGCCGUCGUGGACUGGCUCUGUGUGUAACCAGUCUGUAAGCUGUGUAAACAACAGCUGCAAACAUGGUUCCUUAUGCGCUCCAUCUAGUGUCACCUCAUACCUCUGCAUGUGCCCCUUAGGGUGGGGAGGGAAGUACUGCGACACAGAAAUAGCCACAGACACUCUUAAGUUUGUGGGGAACUCGUAUGUUAAAUACCAGGACCCAAGAUACAACACGAGAAAUUUUAAGUACACACAGGUUUCUUUCAGCUUCCACACAAGCUCAAAUGACAGUUUGAUCAUGUGGAUGGGAAAGGCUGAACAUGAAGAUGACGACUACCUCACAGUAGGGAUUGAGAGCGGCCACCUCAAGAUUGCAGUCAAUCUCGGGGAGAGACUUUCCCUCCCAAUAACUUUCAGAAAUCUCACACUCUGCUGCAACAUAUGGCAUAAUGUCUCCGUAUCUUUAAACGGCACAGUUAUUCAGGUGUUACUAAACAAUAAGAGAAUCCUCUUCGAAGACGUGGACCCAUUUGAGCGUUACGUGGCCUUAAACUAUGGCGGUCAGCUUUACUUUGGUGGAUUUGAAUUACACAGAAACGUAUCAAUAGUCACUUCUGGGUUGUUUUCAAAAGCCUUUGAGGGACAUCUCAGAAAUGUUUAUUUGUUUAAAGAUACCAAGCCACUGCUGCUUCUCAAAGACGGUGAGGGUUUUAAUGUUUAUGAUGGGAAUGAAUAG